AUGCAGAGUUACACCACCACCGCUGUAUAUCAGCAACCACCUCAACCACUUGAAAAACAACCUGAACAACCACCUCAGCCUCCAGUCCCGCAGACAGUACCUCAGCCAGUACCUCAGCCAAAAGACUACUUCCAACGCACUCCGCCGGUCUUUCAGUCAAGCGGCUUGGCAGCUAGAGUGCCUUUCGAACUUCGAGCCAAUCCUGUCAUCGAUAGAAACCAUCCGGAUUUUAUGAGGGUAGAACGGUACUUCUUUACAUUACUCCGGAAUACCAAUCUUACUCUUCAGGAAAUACUUGAUAAUACAUUUGAGCCUCACGAGAUUGGCAUCCUCGAGCCAGCCAGCCAUCCGCCAGAACUUAUUAAGCUACAGAAAGCAAACUCCAUUCGCUAUCAACAGAUACUAGACACCCGCUUCAAAGGGAACGCCCCUACGUUACAACUCAAGUUAACUUUGCUGUACUUCGGGUUACCAGUUGCUCCAAUGAAGCCCGGGUCGUCUCAAAAGCUAGUGAUUACAGACCUAGACUUUUUAGAGGACAAGGUCCAGAUCGCGACUGACCCUCUAGGGUUCCUAAACGAUUACGCCGAGAGAGCAUACGGCGACCCUCACAAGCAUGUUUCCGAUCGACAUUUUCUUCAGCUUCCCGCUACGCAGGAGUUUACGUCUUUACGUAUCCGCCCUCAGCCAUAUACGGACUUAUCGGCGUUGAGACUACGCGGCGGCGCGUUGCCCUCGAAAAUGGACUGGGAACCGGAGGGUGAUGCCACCUCUAUUCCCAAUCCAGACACUAGUUCUGUAAGGAUUUUUGGAUACCAAGGGUCGAUUCUAGUCAAAGUCUCCUCUUCGGCAUACGAAAGUUUUGUCGAGGCCGUAGACCAGCUCCUAGGAAUGAGAUACAAAUACAAUUAUUCCAUAACUCUUCAGAUAUGGGAUCAAAAUGGCUCCCACACCGAGCCUGUCACUCAAGCAACAGGCAUGAUCUACCAAGAUAAUAAGAGACCCAGCGGCGUCGACAGUAUAUAUUCAUUAGUUGAGAAAUUAUUCAGCCGAGAAAAUAAGGGUGGGCGGUACUGUGGCUUUGUAUUCUUCGACAAGGAAAAAUCUCCAGAAUGCUACCACCCAUCUGCCGAAGUCGAUCAAUACAUCGUUCGUGUGUGGGAUGGCGAUCAAAAGAACAUGGCAUAUAUGAAAGUUCCAAAGUCUCUAAUGUCAACACACAAACCGAAUCAAUUCAGCUAUGAAUACUUGCGCGCCAUGCGGGUACUCUUCCCAAAACUUCCUCACGCUUAUUUCAAUUUCCCGGCGGGCGGUACAGACGUAACGUACGGACUGCUCGACCCACCUCCCGUAGUCUGGAAUCAGGUUGUCCAAGAUCAUGCAGAUAAGGACAACUUACCUCUUCUACGCUUCAGCCGAAUUGACGUACCAGACGAUGCCAUACCGGUUUUCAUACCGGGGUUCCACUCCUACGACACCGACUUCUCGGGCAAACUACCGGUAACCUCCUUAAGCAGAGACGAUCUUAAAUUAGGCGGAGGGGAUAACGACAAGGUAGGGUUGUCGAAGCUGAUUAGCGCGGUGAACGCUGCCAACCCAUUCGCGAUCAGUCACAAGAAAAAGAUUGGCAUCAAAGUCUGGAUUCCGGGAGAUGAAUUCUUGAACUCCUCGCUUCCCGGCCGAUUCAUCAAUCUCGUGGGUACCGAGAUCAAUGAGCAGACAAUAUAUAAUUGGAAGGCUGCCGUGCGCAGUUAUCAAGGGCCAAGAAUUCAUGCCAUACCUGGAAAGAUAAGCAUCGUAGCUCGACCUGUUUUCAGCACUUACACGAUUAGUGCGAAGAACGAUUCUAAACGCCAUUUUUCAGUCGAUCUCAAUGAUCUAAGACUAUCAGAAUUUAAGGAAGAGGUCAAGUCUAACCUCUUCCCUAGAUAUCAAGUAACGUCGAAGAACCUAGUUCUACAUCUAGUUCAGUCAACUUGGUCAACCAACAAAAUCGACUUCGCUGUCAGUGCAAAUACGGACGAGAACGGAUGGGAAUGGAUUGUGAGACAUAUCACGGAACCAGAAAUAACCAUAUCCCUCGAGUAUUCGGUCAACGACUGGGCCGUGGAAAAGGGAUCUGCAUGGGGACCACGCUACGACACUACAGAGCCCUUCACGCUAACAUCGAAAUUCGAUUCGAUGAACAAGCAUUUUGCGCCGUAUGAUCCUCCUGUAAAGCGAUUGUUUAAAGGAUCAAAGAACAAUUUAGAUGGUGCCAUGAGGGCACAGAAGCUGAGAGAAAGGCUAUUCUGGGAUAGCACAAGCAUGUUCGCCAAUCCGACUAAGCCCGCAUUACCGCUUCAGGGUCCGCCUAUUGAGACUCUCAUCAGGACGGGGCCCAACGUGCCGGCGUUUACUACCGCAAUGCGGACUCCUAGUGAAGUGGCCCGACUCGAAAGAGAAGUCCACACGCUACGAGGAAAUCUUCUCGACAGAGUUAGGGAAUGCCCUUAUAAAGACUGCGGGCGGAUUUUCCGCUUCCAAGAUGGAAGUAAGCUCGAUCGACACUUGCGAGAGGAUCACACUACUCUCCAGUGUUUCUUAUGUGACAAAGAAAAGCAUCUACUCCGGUUCUAUGAUACCCAAAGUAUAAGGCAGCACUUUCUUGACAAACACUACAAUAGCAUUAAGGAGGAGCUUGGCGGGGUCUCCGGGGACCAGGAGCACGGUACAGGGAAAUCCAGACAUUGCAACCGAUGCGGGCGUGAUCAGACAGUCCUGAACAACCCAACCGACCAAGCAUACCAUGAUAAGCCUCCUAUUGAGCCCGAACCGGCGGAACAGCCCGAACCGGUGGAACAGACCGUACCGGCGGAACAGACCGUACCGGCGGAACAGACUGUGCCGUGGAGAGAAGCAACAACAUCGGAUCCACUCCCAUCUCGACGAUCCCGCUCUCCUCCAUGGGAUGAAUUUCUCGAACCGCAGUCGGAACCCUGGUCGUUCUAUCCGGAAGCCGACUGGAGAUGUUCCCGAUGCUUCAGGGCUGCAGGAAGAAGCAUGGAUCAGAUAGAGAUGCACAUGUACGAGAAAGGGUCUUGUAGGAUUCGUCGCACCUUGGGCACGACAAGAUACGGCCCCAUGCCUAACCGUAGCGGAUGGAUCCUCCCCGACGAGAAAUUUGACUUUAGGACGGCGUAUUACAAGUUUGUCAGCGAAUAUCCGGCAUAUCAAUAUACUAUGUUCCCGGUGCGCGAAGAGAGCAUCAAGUCGGUCUGGGAAGACCCUUACACCCUGGAAAAAGCAAUCGGUUCUAUCGAAGACGACCCGAACUCCAGAGGACCGAAGUACCUAGAGACUCAGAGCGACAAGCUACCAUGGCCGCCGCUGAGCGAACCGGAACCGCAUCCGUCGAAGGUUGAGAGCGUCGUACCCGUAGUGAACGAGGAAUUAGAGGAAGUAAACAAAGACGAUAGUAAAAUUAUUGAAGAGCUUGACGAAAGUAAAGCUAUUGAAGAGCUUGGCGAAAAGGAUGACAGCAGCUCCCCAAGCGAAUCAGAGGAAUCAGAGGAACUAGACGAAGAGUACGAUCCGACCAAGCAACCGGCUGAGACAGAAGACGAAAUUGAGGAGGAAUAUUCGGAGAGAAGUGCUGUGGAAGACCCUAUUCAAGAAUUAGAAAUAGACCCCUCGGGGAAGUCUAAAAAGCGUCCCAGACCGAUAAAGCCGCCUUUUGACGCUGGGGACCGUACCACAUGGCCAUCUGUUAAGAGGCGCGUCGGGCCACCGCCUCCAGCAGUCAAACCCGGCCCUAUUCCCACUAACCUUGACCCCCCUUCGCCCCAUGGCAUUGACUACGUCCCGUGGCUCACGCCGCAACCGCUCGAAUCUCCUCAGCCGGAUAAGAAACGUAUUCAGAUACCCGAUUGGGAUCCCGUCAUCUCGGUCCCUUCUAUCUACAACGAGAUGAACGAGCUUGCCCGAAAGUUUGGACGGGGUUCCCAGCCGCCGUUUACGAAACCAUCUACAUCAUCCAGUGUACCACGCUCCAAGCGGUCCGCAUCUGGUCACCUUUAG